UGCGGCAGCAGCGGCGCGGGCUGCGGGAAUGAGGUAAAGGCGGGAGGGGCGGGGGCGCGCGGCAGGAAGCUCGGCGGCCAGGCGGCAACGGCGAGCGGAGCGGAGCGAGCCCGGCCCCAUGGCGGACACUAAGGAAACACAUGAGGAGCAUGAUACUUCUACUGAAAAUGCAGAUGAUUCUAACCAUGAUCCUCAGUUUGAGCCCAUAGUUUCUCUUCCCGAGCAAGAAAUAAAAACUCUGGAAGAGGAUGAGGAAGAACUCUUUAAGAUGCGAGCAAAGCUAUUCCGAUUUGCAUCUGAGAAUGACCUUCCAGAAUGGAAAGAACGAGGAACUGGUGAUGUAAAACUCCUGAAACACAAGGAGAAGGGAACAAUUCGCCUCCUCAUGAGGAGGGAUAAAACCCUAAAAAUCUGUGCAAACCAUUAUAUCACACCCUUAAUGGAGCUGAAGCCUAAUGCUGGGAGCGACAGGGCAUGGGUCUGGAACACACAUGCUGACUUUGCAGAUGAAAGCCCCAAGCCUGAACUUCUGGCAAUCCGAUUUUUAAAUGCAGAGAAUGCACAGAAAUUCAAGGCAAAAUUUGAAGAAUGCAGGAAUGAAGUAGACAAGAGAGCAAAGAAAGCAGGCACAGACAAAAAUGAUAGUGCUGAUAAAGUUGCUGAAAAACUAGAAGAGCUUUCUGUAAAGGAAGAGAGCAAAGAAUCUGAGAAGAAAGAGACCAAGGAAAAAACUGAAGAAAAGCAAUAAAUCAUCCUGGGCCUUGCAGUUUUUCCUUUACUUUUUUCUUUCUUUCUUUCUUUUUCUUUUUUGUUUGGUUGGUGGGGUUUUUUUGUUUGUUUUUUUGGGUGGUUUUUUUUUCUUGUUUUUGUUUUUUUUUUUACAAGGGACUUUAUAAGGAACUGAAUUCACCAUUCAGGUUGUUUUUUCUAAGCUUUUGCCCUUUUGAAGAUGUCUUCAGAAAAUCCAUUCCCCAGUCAUGAAAAUGUACUGUGCUAACUUUCUUUUCCAUAGUGGAAACACUUAUUUAUAGUCAUCCAAAAGAGUGAAUAAACAAACUUGAAAACAGCAUCAGAGGACAGAACUGAGUUUUCUAUAUACUUUAAAGGCUUAUGAAUACACUUGUUUCAUUGAGUGUUGAGAUACAUAUCAUCAUACCUGUGGAUUAAUUAGGUUAACAGACUUUACCAACAGGGAAGAUUAAGAUUACAUACAUGUUUCUUAUAUGGCUUCUAAAACUGUAAUAUAACAGACCUUUCACACUUUUUCUGCUGUGUGUUCCUGAGCAGGGAAUGUGCCUGUGAUUCUUGAAAUGCAGCAGACUUCUGGAAUCAGGUGAUAGAGCAUUCCUGGCACACUAUUAAUGAUGUUCCAUCAGACAGUGAAAAUAAAGGUGAGGGAGAAAAUGUAUUACAUGAGACUUGAAGUCUUUUCCUCUUACAAAAUAAAAUCUCAGCUCCCUCCCUGCCCCCCCAAUUUGUUAAUAUUACAAACGCUUGACUCAAGCACAAAGUUGUUGCUGUGGUCCCAGAUCUUCCAUGGUGUGCUACUUGCUGACUGAAGGCAGCAGCAGCAGCCUGUUAUACUAAGGUGUAUACAAAGGAAUCUUAACUGAGUACCUUACUAUGAGAUUCCCCAUGUAAGCAUAUCAUAAAAGUUGUACUCUAAAUUUUUCUUUUAAAUUUAAAAAGCUUGUAAAAGCUUUUUUCCUAGGGCUUUGGAGCUUGCAUUGUUUUUACAAACUGGAGGGGUUCUGAACUUUUAAGAUGCAUGGUGGGAGGCUGUCCCUCUUGGAGAGUGGCAGUCUGACAUUUGCUUUGGAAGAGUUAACUUGUACAUGCUUGAGGGGCCCCCUCCUUGCCAAAAUGGGAAAAUUGAUCAAAUCUUCCCUACAAAUGUUUUCUGUUUAUCCGGUUUCAAGUUAGUGCUAGAGAGUAGGAAAAUAAACUAUAGUAAGCAAUAAAAACAACACAAUUUUUAAGUCUGAUAGAUUAAAUGAAUUUCGUUGCUAACCACUAAUACAAGGGUAGUGUUAGGAUAGUGAUGGAAUUCUGUAAUACUAUUUCCAAAAUAAUUACGAAAACUGGACAAAACUUGCUAAACUUUUAAGACUGUAUGAUGUUAACAUUGGAUAGCAAGACCUUUUUAUCUUCAUAAAGAGGCUUUCCAAGUAGGUCAGGUUCUGAAGUCUACCUGAGGAAAAUACAUUUUUUAGAAAAUCUUGUCUGUUUUCUUAGCACUGCCUUUUGAUGCUACAAUGAACUAGUCUUAAAUCUGGAACUGUAAUUAAGGUACUCACUUCAUUCAAAGUAAUUCCUUUGGUGUUGUGCAUGUUCCCCUUCAAGUACAGCAGAUAUCAAAAGUCUGUUAAUUAACAAAGAUGGUUGAAAGGCAAAAUAAAAUGCUCUUUAGUGUUUCUGGUUUGGAAAUAACAAGACAAAGCUAUUCUGAAGUACUUAACAUUUGAAUGUAAAAGCCAAAUCUUUAUCUGUGAGUCACUGUAAAUUCUCUGAUCUGAUAAUGUCAAACAGUGUGUCUAAAUUGAUAGAAAUGACAUUUAAAAAUUACAAAAUAAAUUUAAAUUUUCAUUUAAA